CUCCUCAGUGCUCUGCCGCGGCGGGAAUCUACGGUUUGUCUAUUAUCCUUAGUGGGUAUAUAUGGAACCCGGGCAGCCAGCAUCGACCCUAUCCGAUGUGACCUAUCUUGCCUCAGGUAGCGAAGAGUUCUUGAACUCAACGACCGCUAUCUGAACGUUUUGCCCGCCUUAAUCGUUGAGUACACGGUUGCAAUGGCGUCGGUUCUGGCUAAAUCAGUCUUUCGGAGCCGAGCCACUCGGCAAUCGAGUAUACUCUAUGGCCCUACGACGUUAAGAGCUACUUCUAGUCCCCAGCGCCAUCCUCGUACCUUUGAGCAACGACGGACGAUAGCAUGGGGUGGUCGUCCAGGUGGCCCGGACUGGCAGUCACGAUUUGAGUCAAAGCUACGACGCUCCAUUGAAAAAGCAAAUCGCAUGCUUUUCCAUAAAUGCUCUCAUGGGAUGCGCCCACGGUCGGAAUGGUAUCGUUGGCAACAUGGAAAUCUCUGGGGCUGGUCUCAAUUUGGGUCAUCGGGGCCUCAUAGGGGACCGGGCGAUGGGCCUGGAUGGUCACCCUGGAAAUGGGGCCAAUCGUCCUGGGAAAAAGAAUUCACAGCUGAACAACAACGCUUUGAACAGGAAUUUGAGGAGUUCAAACGGCGGAUUCAUGCGGAUCCAUAUGGCAUGCUCUUUGGGAGGCGCCUUACGCGGCUACACCCUUUCCCGCUUGGUCCGAAGGAUGAUACCCUGUCAGCCCUUUGGCGAUACCUCUUUGGAAUUGAAAAUAGUGCUGCCUCAUCUAAGGAACGAAGGCAUCGCCAUGGAGACGAAACCGCUUGCACCGCGAACGCGAACGUACAUAGCCAUUCCGAUGGUUUCCAAAAGGCAUCUCCAGACAAGGAAGCUCUGUUUGAGUUUGAUCCAAUAAGCGGCCGGAUGGUGCCCAAGGACUGCCCAAAUACAACCGUGGAAAAUGCACCAUUCGAAAAGACCGCACAUGAUACGUUUGAUAUUCCCAUGAAAAAGUCACGCUCAGAGCUAGCAGAUAAUAGGAGUCGUUGCACAAAGGUCGAAGUGUCUCAAAACUCGGCUUUGCUGGAUCAGAAGCGUGACUGCGAUUCUUCGGUCGAGGGACCGAGAAUAGAUCGGCGUAACGCUUCAUCCAGCUCACAAGGGAUAAACAAGUCUGGCCAGAAGAGAAGCGAUGGAGUCUUUCUGAUGGGUGCCCCACAGAGUCAGAGUGAGGUGAAUGACCUUGGUUCUUCGAUUACGAAUACUUCCCUGGACAACGAACUGGGCAUGGACACAUCAAACAGCAGCGCGUUACGAGUUGAAGACGAAAAGCCGGGAUCACGGGCACCACAAAUACGCUGUGCACAGUCUGUCUUUGAUAAAUUCAAGGAUUAUCUUACUUGCAAGCCUGAGACAUACACACACGAUCGGGGCGUGUUAGCAAAUACUUGGAGCGCGAAGGAAAUGGCUCUAGAAGAUGUUCCACAUAAGUGUCGACCUGUUUUGCAUAAUGUUCCAUACGAGGAUCCAGAACGAAUGAACAUUGAUUCUCUACGCGCCAACGACGUGCGUGCAUCCUUUGAGCGUCGGAAUUCCGAGCUUGAAACCCAAAGAUGGGAAUCGAAAAUUGAUCAUAUAGUUAAUUCCCAGGCCGUUAACGCAUUGGGGGCACGUGGACAUUCAAAUGAAACCACCGGUGCAAACGAUGAUGCUUCAUGUACUGCAACCGAUAUUGCUGAUAAGGGAAAAGUCGAGGACAUUACCGGACAAACGCAAACCAGCUACGAAAGCGUGUAUGGUGAGGUCACCCCCAAGGACAGACAGGCCCAAGCGUCUACAAGGGUGAACGAUUCUGUGUCCGAGAUGGGUAUAGGGGCUGCAGAGCACAUCGACCUAGAAGUACCUAUUACGGACACCAAUACAAGCCGUCUGACGCUACUCAUGAGGGCUGGGAGAACCUUGGAUAGAAUUGAAAGGACAAGUAGCGCCAUUCGGGCUUCACUGGGAGACACCUUAAAGAGUUCCGCAGACGUUCCAACAGAAUACAAGAUUCUUGCAUAUGACUCGUCAACAAUGAAGGUUCUGGAUGCUGUUAUAACUUCAACUUUCUCUUCCGAUUUUACUCCUCUCCAUCCAAUAGAGGCGAUAUCUCGAUUGAACAAACCUUCAAAGUUUCUUGCCUUUUUUUCGUCACUCUCAUCUCAGGGCUACGAGAUUUUCUCGGCCAGCGGUGACGUACUUGUCUUCAAGAAGACACGACGAGGCGAUUUUGAGACAUCCCAGGGGGAUGAGUCCGGUACACCUGUUUCUUCUUCAAGCGGGUCUAUAUAUUCACCGAGAAGAGCCGCUGAGCUAGAUGGAGAGUCCAUCGAUGAAUUGGAGGCUAACAGAUCCACCUCCACUUUGCAAGCAGGGACUCCUUUAAAUAGACAAGAGAGCUGUGUAAACCCCGGAAGAGAGUCUAUGCACUCACCUCAAGGAGCUAUGCGGCUUGAACAAGAAUCCAUCGAGGGCUUUGAAGCCAAGAGGACCGGAUCAUCAGAACUGAAACCUUCUGGUGCACAGGGUGAACCCGUCGCGAGCAUUGAUAAACAGCCCGUGCAUUCACCGAGUCGUGCGGCCCAAAGGGAACGAGAAUCCGUCAAAGAGUUUGAAACUAGCACGCUGAAAUCGACCACCUCGCAUCCUUCCACCAUGGUCCGGCGACAGGAGACCCAUUUCACGGGCGGACCGCCAAAUUGGUCACCAUACGACCCAAAUGAGAAAUGGAGACUUUCGCCUCCUCAAGGCGCUGGAACCGCGAGGAAGAAGGAAGAGGGUUUUCUGUCGUCGUUUCGGAGAGCGAUUCGUCGUGCUGUGUUGGCUGGAGUGGUUGCUGGGGGCACUUGUUAUGCAAUUGGUGUUGUCGCAGAAUAUUUUAGGACUGGAGGGCAAGAUGGUUUGGGGCCGAGAGGAUUCACGGGUCUUGAGGGCAGAUAAGGCUGGCCUCGUCAUGGUCCUGGGGGAAAAAUGGCCUUCCAGCGUGCCCGAGAGGUCAGUGGGAUGGAACGAGAAUAUAUGGAUAAUUUGUCUAUUUAACCCCACGAGCGCGAUUGCACACUUUGUGUUUGCUGUUUUUGGGUUUUUGGGUUUUUGGGUUUUUUUUUUUUUUUUUUUUUUGGUAAAUACUAUCAUCUUUUCUUUUGUUCCCACCUUUGCCCUUUCAGCGCCCCCAAAAAGCGUACCGGCUGAAUGCUGCGCAAGUGGCUUCCUCUCUCAUUCACAGUUACAUAGCCCCUUCCAGGGACUGAAAUUCUCCAAUACAAUGGCGUUUUGAGAAUCUCCGCGGGGGUAUUCUGGUACUUUUGUUUGCAACCAUGAAUUGGAAUUCUAUUCUGAUAAA